AUGGAGGGUAUUGUAGACCAACAGAUUGUAUUGAGUGUUGGUCAAGAGUUUAGAAAUGUUCACCAUUUUAGAGAGGUGUUGCAGGAAUAUGAAGUUCAAGAGAGUAUUCAAGUGUUGAAGAAGAAAAAUGAUAAGAAUAGAGUUACUGGAAUCUGUAGUGGGAAAGGUUGCCCAUGGAGGUUUCAUGCUUCACCCAAUAGUGAUGGGAUCACCUUUGUGAUCAGGACAUUGAAUACCAAUCACACUUGUCAAAGGUCCAGGUUAAAAAACAAGGGUGUAAGUGCAACAUGGAUAGUAAAGAAAUUGGCUCCCAAUCUUAGGGCAGACCCAGAAAUGAGCAUCCAAGCAAUGGAAGAGUUGUUGAAAGAACAAUAUGGUGUGACAGUUUAUCGCAGUAAACUGUACAGAGCUAAAUGGAUUGUCAAUGAAGAAACUGAUGAGAACCAUGCAAGGACAUACAAGAAGUUAGAAAAUUAUGGAUUUAUGGUUAAGAAGAGAAACCCCGGGACAGAAUAUGUGAUUGAGUACCAGAAUGCAAAUAUAUAUGGAGAAGAUCAACAUGGAGUGAUAAUGGCCAAUCCACAAUUUAAGCGACUGUUUAUAUGCUUUGAUGCAUGUAGGAAAGGCUUCUUGAAGGGAUGUAGGUCAUUCAUUGGCCUUGAUGGCUGUCAUUUAAAGGAAGUAUAUGGUGGAGUCUUGGUUUCAGCAAUUUCAAUUGAUGGGAACAAUGGAAUGUUUUCCCUUACAUAUAGUGUGGUUGAAACAGAGUGUAAAGACAGUUGGUUGUUCUUCCUGCAUCACUUACUUGGGUGCAUUGGAUCAGUCACUCCUACUGGGGAACCAUUUACAUUCAUGACAGACAAACAAAAAGGUCUUAUUGAAGCGAUUGGAAUGAAGUUCCCAGUAGCACAUCAUAGGCACUACAGCAGGCAUCUAUAUAAUAAUUUCAAGUCACAGUUUGGGGGAGGGCUUGCAUUGAGGGGAUAUUUCUGGGCUGCAAGUAAAUCAUAUAAUGCUAUUGGUUUUCAAAGGGCUAUGAAUGCCAUGAAAGAAGAGAAGGCAGCAGCAUAUGCAUGA